GUCUUCUCACUGCAUUCACACCGCUCUAUUCUACAUACAUCAGCUCAACAGUCCCCAAACAACCAUUUACCCAAAAUGUUCACCAAGACCGUCUGCUCUCUCCUCGUCCUGGCCUCGGCCGCCCAGGGCUUCAAGUUCACGGGCCCCGAAGGCGACACCCUCGACGUCACCAAAAACAUCACCAUCACCUGGAAGCAGGAGAACAAAACCACCGAGAAGGAGCUCGGCCUCUUCUGGUACACCAAGCCCGAUGACCUUUUGACGCUCAGCUUCGAGAUCGGCUACAACAUCAACAUCUCCGCCGGGGAGUACGUUUGGUCACCGACCGACAACACACGCAAGGAGUUGGGAAAGUACAAGGAUGCUCUCACUAAGAAGAGCCUCUUCCGCUUCCAGGCUGAGCUCCGUGAUGGAGAUGAAAAGAGUCAGGAUGAUGUUUUCAGCGACAACUACACUCUCACCGGAGUGGAGGAGGUUGAGGCCAAUGCCGGAUCGGAGAUGAUGCCUACCUGGGGAUUGGUUGCUGGUGGGCUUGCUGCGGCUGGAUUGAUGAUGGCCUAAUGGGAUUAGCACCAUUACCCUUGCAUCUGUGGGGAUCAGGGGUGGCUGUUCAAUGUCAGGGAUUCUGGACAAGUUCAUGAGUUCUUCAUAGGAGGGCAAUUGCUGUACUGUUGGUCACCUCCAUUUAUCGAAAUCCGACAUUGAUUGAGGAGUUCUUCUGGUCAACCGGGCUUGUUUCUUGCAUUAAUUUGGAUGGGUUUUUAGCCGAACGAUGUAUGUCUACAACCUAAUGAUGAAUGAUUAUCGACACCAA